AUGACAAAUAUUUCCCCUGGAAAAGGGUGUGUUGACUUCCGGUUGAUAAUCAGUGGCAGAAACGGAUUCUUAGGCAUAAAUCCGUUUAUUCCUCUCACCUUCUUCUUCUCUGUCUCUUCUUCUUCUUCUUCUUCGCUUCCUCCUUCUUUUCCACUUCUUCUUCAUCGUCUUCUUCUUCUCAGCCUCCUCCUCAUUUUCUUCUUCUUCUCUGCCUCCUCCUCUUCUUCUUAUUCUCCGCCUCCUCCUACUCUUCUUCUCUGCCUCCUACUCUUCUUAAAUAGCAUGAAGAUUAAACUACUUCUCCCCUCCUCUUCCGCCUUCUUCUUCUCUUCCUUCUCCGUCUCCUCAUCCUCCUUCUUCUUCUUCUCUCCUCAUUCUUCUACCUCUUCUUCUUCUUUACCUCUUUCUUCUCUUCUUCUUCAUCAUCUUCUCUGCCUCCUCCUUCUUCUUGUUCUCCGCCUCCUCCUUCUCUUCCUCCUUAUCUUCUUCUUCUCCUCCUCCUUCUCCACCCCAUCCUUCUUCUGUCCUCCUCCUCCUUCUUCAUCAUAUUCUUCUUCUCUGUCUCUUCUUCUUCUUCUUCUCCUUCUUCUCCGCUUCCUCCUUCUUUUCCACUUCUUCUUCUUCUUCUUCUUCUCUGCCUCCUCAUUUUCUUCUUCUUCUCUGCCUCCUCCUCUUCUUCUUAUUCUCCGCCUCCUCCUACUCUUCUUCUCUGCCUCCUACUCUUCUUCCUCUUCUCCCUCCUCCUUCUUUUCUUCUUCUUCUCUACCUCCUCUUUUUCUUCUUCUUCUUCUCUGCCUCUUCCUUCUCUUCUUCUUUUUCUCCGCCUCCUCUUCUUCUAUAUGCCAUGUUCCUUCAUGGCUCUCCAUGAUUGCAUUUUCUUUGUAG